CGGGUUCAUCAUCAAAAUACAUCGGGAUCGAUCUGCAUAUGCAUGAAAAUCUAAUGAAGCUGCCAAAGCAUGAAUCAGCCACCUUUUACGAUAAGAAUUCGAACAGAACAGGAACAGGACAUGGAUUGGAUGGUUCAACCUAAUGCGAUUUCAUUUCACCAGGCAUUAGAAGUAAUUGCUCAAGUUCUCCCCCAAACAAGUGUGACAGCAUUUGAGUAUGAAGAUGAAGACGAUGAGCGAAUCACAGUUCGGAGUGAUGAAGAGAUGGCAGCCAUGUUUCAGGCAUACUUUGAGACCCUGAGUGAAGAUGACAUACAGUGUGGACUUCUACCUCCCCUGAUUAUCUACCCCAGAGUUGGGAAAACUCCUCAAAACAGAAACAAAUUUGGAUUAAAGAUAGAUACUCAUCCCAGUGCCCGGUCAUCCAAACCAGUUCAAACCGUCAGACACAUCCCGAGACAAAGUCAGAGACCAAAGACAGACACAACAAGAGAAAAUCCAGCCCCUUCACAGUUACCUCCCAAUGAUCCAAACAUAGCAGGUGCCCCCACAAUACUGGUUCCCCAGAGUCAGACACCCGCCGAUUUCCACCCGCAGAUUGAGCCGGAUCUAAAGAUUUUACAGAUGCUUGGCGGAGGAAGUGGAGGCCAAGUCUAUAAAGCUUUACACCAACCUAAUGGAACCAUAAUGGCUGUCAAGAUUGUGAAGUUAGAGGUGGACCAGAAAACACAGGAACAGAUUCUAUCAGAGCUAGAUAUUCUGAAUAAGUGUCAGUCUCCGGUCAUCAUCGGGUUCUACAAAGCUUUCUUCAAUGAAAACAGGAUCUAUAUCUGUACAGAGUUUAUGGACGGAGGUGCUUUAGAUAAAUAUGCCCCGAUUCCUGAGCCGGUCUUGGGAAGAAUGGCUGUCAACAUUAUCCAGGGUCUGUGUUAUAUGUGGAGUCUGAAGAUUCUACACAGAGACAUCAAACCCUCCAAUAUUCUAGUCAACACACAGGGCCAGGUGAAGCUCUGUGACUUUGGAGUCAGUACACAGUUGGAGAGGUCGAUUGCCAAAACUUACAUAGGAUCCAACGCUUACAUGGCCCCCGAGAGAAUUAAAGGAGAGGACUAUGGCACACCUGCUGAGAUCUGGAGUCUUGGAAUCACUCUAUUUGAAUUAGCAAGUGGGAAAUUUCCAUACCAACAUAAUCCAGAAAAGCCAAUGGGUCUCUUGUCUUCCAUUAUUAAUGAUGAAACUCCCCAGUUGUCAGACGACCACUUCUCUCCGGACUUUGUAAAUCUGGUGGCUCACUGUAUGCAGCAAAAACCAGAAGACAGACUCACUCUAGAAGACCUGUUGAUUCAUCCUUUUAUACAAAGACACAAUGAUGGAAACAUAGCUGUGAUUGCAGCCUGGGUACACAGCCAAUUGGAGAAGAUAUCUAACAAUUAGAUGAUGUCAUCAUCAAGGACUAAGGGGGAUGUCAAAAGCGUUAACACAUCCAAAGCAUUGUGUUAAGCAGUACAGGAGACUAGUCGAGAUACAAGAGAUUGAUGUGUGCCAAGACAAUUAGCUUGCAUGCAAAAGAUUGUCGUGUGUGCAAUUUUAUAUUUAUUUGUAAGCUUUAAAUAUUAUAUAAAGUUUUAUCCUUAUGUUAGUAUUUUAAGAUAAA